UAUGGAAGGUUCUCAGUGACAACCCAGUUUCCUCCAUCCGUAUCCAUUGCCUCAUUGCUGGAUGCUGGGAAGCUCAUCAAACCAGUCACCAAAAACAAGUGUCUCCUAACCUUUGAACAAUUUGACAUUGCCUCCAAAGAAUGGACAGAUGCAAUGGAGGUAGAGUGUACAGUAGAUUCAGAGAAGUUUUCCUCAGGUGGAUUCCGUGAUGCUUACCACUGCAAGCUAACUGGCAAAUCUGGGGGCCAAAACAUUUCAAAUCGCUGGGUUAUCAAAACGUACAACGAGAAGUCCAAAGAAGUAAUUAGUACUCAAUUAAAAACUAAUAUAUAGAGCCAUUGUCGUAAGCAAGUACAAAUGCAUGAGGUAGCUAGGCACUUAACAAAGAAGUUCCAGUCACAGGCACCACAAGAAAUGGGAAAGUGUUUUCAGUACAACCAUGUAUACUACACCAUAAUAGACGAGAAACCAGCGACAGUUGAGGAAUUUGUUCCAGGCCUCUUUGCCAAACUGAUUAAUAAUAAUGGCAAGAAGGCCGAUCUGCCUGAAGAUGCAGAUAAAGAUUUGAAAGAUUUGUUGGCCAAAGCAGAGUGCCUGGUUCACUAUACCUAUGAAUCAUCCAACCAACAACUCAUGUUACUUGAUAUACAGGGAUCUGGCUACUGUUUAUAUGAUCCCGAAAUAGCAACAAAUGAUAUAAUGGAUGCCAGCAGCUUAGAAUACUAUUUCUGCUGUGGAAAUUAUUCAUCCGUGGGCAUCACAUGCUUUCUCAAUGAACAUGAAUGCAAUGCCUACUGUAAGAUGAUGGACCUAAGUCAGUAAGAGAAUGGAUUACUGGAGCAUAAUUCACCUUCCACCUUUUAACAAGAUAGCAGCUCAGUGACUGCCUUUCAAGUGUUGUGCUGUUAGUUUAAACCUUACUUCAUGCUUCUCACAGACCAUUGGAAGGAGAACAUGGCAUGGAACAGUUCAUUUAAGAUAACAAAUCUUUUUUAUCACUGGCAUUUUUUACAACGUCCAUGAAUGUUACUAAGUCUGUAGUUCUUUGUGCUUGGACCAUUUGUUGGACAAUGUUUUUUACACAUUUGAACUACCGGUAUA